AUGGAUGAGGGCCCUUUGGAGACGCAGGACCCCCCCAGAGCUGAGAUGUGCGGGAUAGGGCUGAUGGAGAGGUGUGGAGGACAGGAUUCAGACUGGGGCCACGCCUCCCAACAGUCGCAGGGGGUGGGGAGAAAGAGAACUGAGAGCAAUGGAAACCAGGUGUGUGGAGAUAAGAUGGACAAGAGGAGGAAGGGGAGGGGUCUGGCCUGGGCUGAGGGCCACUGGGUCGUCCUGCGGUCACAGGGGUCUGGGGGGUUAUGGAGCGUGCAGGUUGGCGUCCUGUGGCUCGGGUGCUGCUGUUCUCUCCACACUGAUUUGUUCGUGUGGGAGGAGGUAGAGGGGGGGGGGGGGGGAGUCACACGCGCCCUCACUCAGAGAGGGCCCCCAGCGGUGAGAACAGUGAUUGAGAAGCCGUGUGGUGACGGGACCAGCAGAAGCUGA